AUGGGCCGCCGCUCUCGUAAAGCAAACUUCGAGUCCUCUAGCGAAAGCGAUGAUUCUGAGCGAGAAGGCAUUGCAGACUGUGGAUCCGAUACUGAUUUGACAGAACCUGAGGAUGAGGCAGAUCAACCAUGUAAUGCUGGCGAUGCGAGCUUACUCUUCGCUGAUAAUGAGCACUCGCCGGAGUUCUGUCAUUUUAUUCGGAAAGAUCCCAACGAGGAAUACCGCCGCCUAUCCAUCCCGAUUUUAUAUAGCUUUCUUGAAUGGGCUCUCAAUUUACGACGCGGUAAAAAUGGAAGAAGACUUCCAGGAAUUAAGUGUAAAAGCUCCCUGGACAUAUUCUGGAAAGUAUUUCGGCUAGUUUUCGAACGGUCCACUUCAAAGAAGAUUGGAAAUCAGAUGAAUCGUCGGAUGCGUCGAGUGAUCCGACGAUUGGCCAAAAAGUAUAAGUUGUCAAUCAAAGGGCGAGAUAAGCCUCCUAUGGAUGUUGAGGAUCUGGCAAAAGUCGUAGAGACCACUGUCAGUACAACAGAGAAAAAAUUCGGACAUGGCCGCCACCGUAUUGAGCUCGGUCUUUUCUUGCAACUCGCAGGCCUCACAACAAACCGUCCACAAGCCAUCCUCGAUCUGCGAUAUCGCCACAUCCAAGUCAGUCUUCUCCGCGACCCGCAGGGCGGCCCACAUCGAAUUGUGGUGGAGUUCACCUUUGAGUUCACCAAGGAGUGGCUAGGUGCUAAAGACGCAAACACUUACAUCCUCCCCGAAAUCAUCUUCGAUCCUUCAUUAGUGCUCAGUCCGCAUGUCUUCCUGUUGGGCCUUCUUUUUGCAGACCGUGCAUUCGCCCGUGUUGAUGGCGAGGAAGUACUGGUUCUUGCAAGCCAGCUUCCUGGACUUCGAAUUCGCGACGAGUGUAACGAACUACGGCUACAGCUUGACCCGGCGAUGGAUGAUGUGCCGGUAUUUCGGAUGUCGGAACGGACUUUGAAUGGGAUUGGCAUCUCACCCGACAAACCUCUCCCUUACUCAACCCUGGAACCAUGGGUCAAGAAGAUUGGCGUGAUCACAGGUAUUCGGCAAGUUACACGCCCCUACAGCCUACGCUAUGGGGCAGGCACAGCUUUGGACAAUAGUGGUUCCGUCAGCGACUCCCUCCGCAACCUUGUGAUGCAUCACGCUGAUACGCGGACAUUUUUGAAAUUCUACCUAAGUAGAAGAAUCUCCAAGAAUUUGCCCGCCAUCAUUCGUGGCCUGGACCCAGAAGAAGAUAUUAUGCGCGCUGCUUGCCGAAUGAGCCGAACUAUCGACCCGGACCGCCCGCAGGAGCUAACAACGGAGCAAUCUUGCUCCGUGAAUCAAGAGCCGGAAAUACUAAACUUAAUGCGCCGGCGGGAUGAGAUCAGUCGAUCUCUUGAGCGUCCUCUGUCAAAAAACAAAGGCACACCAGAGUACGAUUUAUACAGGAAACUGAAUCAGGAGAUAACGGGAGCCAGGAAGCGCGCACAGCAUAAACUCCUUGUGCAGAUGCAAAACAAAUAUGACCGAGAACAGCCUAUGUUAGAGAUCAAGCGCCAAUUGUCCGGGAUUGGGCCAACUGAAUCUUCAAUGGCCGCUUAUUGUCAAUUUCAGGAGGGCGACACCUGCCGUUUACCGCGGAAUAAAAGAUCAGAAGACCCUGGAAAACACGUCGAGGUCCAUGAUCAACGUCAGCUGGAAAAUGAAGUGAUGGACAGCACCUGCCAACCAGAAACCCCCCUUGAAAUUGCUCUUCGAUCUGCUAUGAAGGAUCAUCGACCCUUAUUCUGCUUUAUUUGUGUGGGUCAGCCGGACCUAGACCCUCCAAAGCGUGCUCAGAAAUUUGCCUCUCACGGGGAUGUCACCAAACACAUCAAAAGAAAACAUCUGAAAAAGGUGAAGCCGAGCGAGAUGAUUGCGUGCAAUAUUUGUGAUGAAACGUUCUCAGAAAUCAUGCAUUUUCAGCGACAUGCCAGUGAUUCUCACAAGACUGUGACGGGACCUCUGUGGUGCGCAGUUUCUAGCUGA